AGAAUGUUCACAGCGAGAAAGAAAAUUGUCAAAGAGGGCGAUGCGCAGCCUGACUCCUUCGAGGAGCAGGUUGCGCAGGCAAUUUUCGACCUUCAGGUCCAGACCGACAUGAAGAGCGACUUGCAGGACCUCUUCAUCACCUCCGCCAAGGAGGUCGAGGUCUCUAACGGACGCAAGGCCAUCAUCAUCCAUGUGCCCUUCCGUCUCUUGAAGAGCUUCCACAGGAUCCAGCAGCGUCUCAUCCGCGAGCUCGAGAAGAAGUUCUCUGGCAAGCAUGUGACCGUUAUUGCCCAACGCCGUAUUCUUCCUCGUGAGGGCCGCAAGAACCGCACCCAGAAGCAGAAGCGCCCCUUCAGCCGCACCCUCACCUCUGUGCAUGAGUGCACCCUUGAGGAUCUUGUUUACCCUACUGAGAUUGUAGGAAAGCGCACCCGUGUUCGCAUGGACGGAUCUAAGCUUCUCAAGGUGUACUUGGACCCUAAGGAUAAGAACAAUGUCGAGCACAAACUAGAGACUUUCGAGAAGGUUUACAAGAAGCUCACUGGAAGAGAUGCUGUAUUCGAGUUUCCUGUGAAUUCUUCAGAGUAAGCAUGCAAUAUAAUUAAAGUUUUCAAGUCGGGGGAAAAAAGGACAAAAAAUCGGAGCUAUUGUGAUAUUGUUUGUUCGUUUUGGCUUGUUCUGAAAUACAUCAUUGCUUGUC